AUGUGUGGAGGUUUUACGUGCUCUAAAAAUGCUCUUAUAGCAUUAAACAUUCUCUAUGUGGUUGUGGCCUCAAUUCUUAUAUCAGUAGCUGUCUAUGGCCAGGCUUCAGCUUUAACAACCUUACCUAUAGUUGGAGGGAUAAUGGCUUGUGGAAUUUUACUAAUUCUAAUAUCACUACUGGGUUUAGCUGGUGCUGUGAAACAUCAUCAAGUCAUGUUAUUCUUUUACAUGGUAAUUUUAUUUCUUUUGUUUCUGGUGCAGUUUUCAAUUGCUUGUGCUUGUCUUGGAGUUAAUUCUGACCAGCAAGAGAUGCUGGCACAACAGGGAUGGAAUUCAGUUGACCUGGAUAUGAAGGAGCAAGUGCAGGAGAGAUUCCAAUGUUGCAGCUUUAAAAGCAGAGCAAUUGCACCAAAUGCCACCUUGGAUUACCCUUCAUGUGCUGUUGUUGAUGGAAAUUGCUGUAACCACAUGACAGUCACAGAUAAAUGUAAAUGUGAGCCAUGUAUGGAGAAGCUGAAGGAAACAAUAGAUUAUGCUUUUAAACUGUGUGGUGGAAUUGGACUGUUCUUCAGCUUUACCGAGCUGUUCGCUGUAUGGAUCGCCCGACGUUAUCGCAACCAACCGGACCCAAACUACAAAGAGCCACAUGCUGUAUUCCCUAGACAAAACUACUUAUAUUGA